GCGGAAGCCCAGGGCCCACCCAAUAGCGGUCGGAGGUGCGCUGUAGUUGGUGAAUGGCAGGGUGCCUGGCCUGAAGCACACCUAGGCUUUAGCGUACAGCAGGGGUAGGAGCUCCAAAACGUGCUGACCCCAGGAAUCAGGAUCCAUCAGCCAAAAAAAGAGGACAGCUAACGGCCUGGGAAGGGGACACACGAGCAAGCCAGCAAAACCCACCGGGCCACCACCACGACGUCCACAACCCCCUUCGACACGUUUUGCCGAAACGACGACGACGACGACGCCCUCUCCGUCGCUGGACAUUGCGGCUCUAUCCAUUUUGCACCACCCGGCGGCCCUUUCUCCUCCUUCGUUCGCGACGCGCAUCACCGUCUAAUUCCUUUUCUCUUUUGGGUUUCCUCUCUUCGUUUCGAGCUUUAAGCAACCUCAGCCAUGUGGUUCAAGCAGUCCCUUUCGGCCCUGUGGCUGGCCGCAAUCGCCUUGGGCACCGCAAAGGCGGAUGAUGGAGAAGUCAAGAGCAUUGCGCUCCGAACGCACUCCCUAAACCAGCCCUACCUCGAUUCCGAUAUGGCAAGUCGGUGGUACGACUUUGGCGGAGACACAAUCAUCAGGACGGACUCCUACAUCCGAUUGACAUCCGACCGCCCGUCGCAGACCGGCUGGCUCUUCUCGAGAGUGCCCCUGACGGCGACCAACUGGGAGAUUGAGGUCGAGUUCAAGAUCCACGGCAAGAACCAGCUCUACGGCGACGGCUUUGCCAUGUGGAUCACCAAGAACCGCGGCCAGGCGGGACCCGUCUUUGGCAGUCCCGACAACUUUGACGGCCUCGGCAUCUUCUUCGACACGUACAAGAACAACCGCCCCGGCACCGUCUUCCCCUACGUCAUGGCCAUGUUCGGCGACGGCAAGACCUCCUACGACAAGGAUAACGACGGCAAGAACACGGAGCUCGCCGGCUGCUCCGCGCGCGGCAUCCGCCACGCCAGUGUGCCCACCAAGGCCAAGGUCACGUACUUCCAGGACAAGCUCCUCAAGCUUGAGCUGCAGUACAAGACCGAGGGCGACUGGACCCUCUGCUUCGAGACCAACGAGCCCCCCGCGAUUCCCCAGAUCGCCUACCUCGGCUUCAGCGCCGAGACUGGCGAGCUCAGCGAUAACCACGACAUCAUCUCGGUGCAGGCCAAGAACCUCUACACGACGCAGACCGGCAAGGGGACCAGUAAGACGACCCCCGGCAGCGGCAAGGGCAAGAAGGGAUCUUCCUCGAUCAAGAAGGACAGCAGCAGCGGCGGCAGCUGGACGUGGACCUUCUUCAAGGUCUUCCUCUUCUUUGGCGUCCUCGGCGGCGGCUACGUCGGUUACACUGCCUGGAGAGCAAAGAACGACAAGAGACAUCGUUUCUAAACCAGUGCUGUUGAUGACGGGGGAAAAAAACCACAGGGGGAAAAAGCCCGUGGGGAUGGGUGAAAUCUUUUUAUUAUUUUGAGGGAGAGAAUGACAAAAAGGGGGCGGGCAAAGCAGCUGUUGAUCUGAUCGGGAAACGAUGACUGAUACCGUACAUACCAACACCGCAACACACACAAAGUCGUGACUUUUGCAUGAUGGGAGAGGUUGAAGGCGGUGGAGGAGGGGG